UCGAGCGUCCGGUCUCAACUCUCAGCUAAGCCCAGACUUAUGGCCAGAAAUUUUUAUUACCGCCAAUCUCACGGCCACACCACCUCGCUUUCAUCUUCCUUCUCCUCCGCCAAACCAUAUUCCUCUCUCUCUCUCUCUACUCUCUUCUACAGGGUCCUCGUCUACUUUUUUAUCCAAACCUCUUCCUACUACUGAUGUGAAUGUUAUCUUCUACUACACUACAAUUCAAGCCUUCAGAGUUGUCAUCUACAGCCUUUGGAGUUAUUGCAUGGAUGGAUCCUCAAAAAAGGUGAAACCCAGAAGAUUAUUGAAUGGUUGGAUUGAAUUAUUCACCGGCAUCAAUUGAAACAAGUAGUUAGCAGUAUCUUUUGGUGUGUGGACAAGAAUUUGAGUUGAUAAGGCCAAAAAAGAGGAGAAUUGGCAAAAAGUGAGGCACACAAUAAAAAGAUGAGAUUGAUAAAAGUGGUGACGUGUAAUCUGAAUCAAUGGGCUAUGGAUUUUGAUUGCAAUAUGAAAAAUAUUAAGGAAUCUAUUUCUAGGGCUAAAGAAGCUGGAGCUGUAAUCAGGCUUGGACCAGAGCUGGAAAUCACUGGCUAUGGUUGUGAAGACCAUUUCUUGGAAAUGGAUACUGUCCAUCAUGCGUGGGAGUGCUUAACUGAGCUUUUGCGUGGUGAUUGGACAGAUGGCAUAUUAUGCGGCUUUGGUAUGCCUGUUAUGAAGGGCUCAGAGCGUUACAACUGUCAAAUUUUAUGUUUGAACAGAAAAAUAGUAAUGAUACGUCCUAAGAUGUGGCUAGCAAAUGAUGGCAAUUAUAGGGAACUCAGGUGGUUUACAGCAUGGAAGCAAAAGGAUUAUCUCGAGGACUUUUUACUACCUAUUGCAGUCUCUGAUGCAUUGUCGCAGACAACAGUACCAUUUGGCUAUGGUUAUGUUCAGUUUCUUGACACAGCUGUUGCAGCUGAAGUUUGUGAGGAGCUUUUUACUCCCAUGCCUCCUCAUGCUGAGCUUGCAUUGAAUGGAGUUGAAGUAUUUAUGAAUGCCAGUGGAAGUCACCAUCAAUUGCGAAAACUUGAUAUUCGGCUUCGUGCAUUUAUAGGUGCUACACAUUCUCGUGGAGGAGUUUACAUGUAUAGUAAUCACCAAGGAUGUGAUGGUGGUCGCCUCUAUUACGAUGGUUGUUCUUGUGUUGUUGUUAAUGGAGAUGUGGUUGCCCAAGGAUCACAAUUUUCGAUCAAGGAUGUGGAAUUGGUAGUUGCUCAAAUAGAUUUAGAUGCGGUUGCUAGUCUUAGAGGAUCUAUAAGCAGUUUUCAAGAGCAAGCUAGCUGUAAAAAGAAAAUUUCCUCAGUACUAGUACCUUUCAAACUUUGCCAAUCUUUCAACCUCCAAAUGUCACUAUCAAGUCCACUUAAGAUUAGAUACCACUCUCCUGAGGAGGAAAUUGCUUUUGGGCCGGCUUGCUGGUUGUGGGAUUAUUUGAGGAGAAGUGGAGCUUCUGGAUUUUUGCUUCCACUUUCUGGUGGAGCUGACAGUUCUUCUGUUGCAGCUAUAGUUGGUUGCAUGUGCCAGCUGGCAGUGAGAGAAAUUGAGAACGGUGAUGAACAAGUCAAAGCUGAUGCGAUACGAAUUGGCCAUUACACUGAUGGACAGUUUCCGACUAACAGCAAGGAAUUUGCAAAACGGAUAUUCUAUACAGUAUUCAUGGGUUCUGAGAAUAGUUCUGAAGCCACGAAAACACGGGCCAAAGUGCUGGCAGAUGAAAUUGGAUCAUGGCAUCUUGAUGUUUCUAUAGACGGGGUGGUCUCUGCACUACUUUCUUUGUUUCAAACUUUAACCGGAAAACGACCACAUUACAAGGUAGAUGGAGGAUCAAACAUUGAAAACUUAGGCCUGCAAAACAUUCAAGCUCGAAUCAGAAUGGUCCUAGCAUUCAUGUUGGCAUCACUCUUACCUUGGGUUCAUAGCAAACCGGGUUUCUAUCUGGUUUUGGGAAGCUCCAAUGUUGAUGAAGGAUUGCGUGGUUAUCUGACAAAGUACGAUUGCAGUUCAGCAGAUAUAAAUCCAAUUGGGAGUAUCAGUAAGAUAGAUCUUCGAGCAUUUCUAAAAUGGGCUGCCAUUCAUCUUGGUUUUCCAUCACUUGCAGAAGUUGAGGCUGCUCCCCCUACUGCUGAAUUGGAGCCAAUACGGACCAAUUACAGUCAGUUGGAUGAAGUGGAUAUGGGAAUGACAUAUGAGGAACUGUCAGUAUAUGGAAGGUUGCGCAAGAUCUUCCGGUGCGGUCCUGUGUCCAUGUUUAAGAAUCUGUGUUAUAAAUGGGGUGGAAACCGAACUCCACUAGAGGCGGCCGAGAAAGUGAAGCAUUUCUUCAAAUACUAUUCCAUUAACAGGCACAAAAUGACUGUAUUGACACCAUCUUAUCAUGCCGAGAGCUAUUCACCAGAGGAUAAUAGAUUUGAUCUUCGCCAAUUCUUAUAUAAUGCAAGAUGGCCUUACCAAUUUCGCAAAAUUGAUGAACUUGCACGUGAUCUUGAUGGUGAUAAAGUUGCAAUUACGAAAUCAACAGACCAGGAAAAAGUAGGUGUAAGUGUAACAACAGAUGGGUGUAUGGGUGUUGUGGCAGCAGGAUCAGGAGAUCCAAGAGCUGGCUUUUAGUAUGUGGUUUAUCUUGAACAAGCUGGGUCGACAUUCUUGCUCCAGAUCCUUGGUGUUUUUCACCAUUUCCUGCUUGUAUAUUGCUUAACCUGAUAUCCAACCUGAAGUUCCGAAUAAUGUUUGAUUGGACUUAAAAGUGCGAUUUACCAAUUGACAAUCAUUUUAGUGUAUGGUGCGCUGGUAUUUUUUAUUGAAAGACAAUUCACUUCCUCA